CCCUUUCGAUUCGCUGUAGCGAGGACGCGGCGCCCCCGCGUAUCAGAAGGCGGCGGCGAGAAGGUGUGUGUGAGAAGCGGCACGCGCGGCUUUCCCCGCAUGCGCAGUGGCUCUGUUCGACCGUAUGCGUGCGCCGUGCCGUUGAGGCGCAGCCUGAGGGCGGGCUGGCGGUCGCUUCUGUGGCCGUUGGCGGCAGCGGCGGGGCCCGGAGGACGCUCGGGAGUCCCCGGACGAUGACCUGCCUCCCCGGCUUCCUCAGCGGCGGCUGCCCUUGCGUCACGCUCCGCUCCCUGCUCAAAUCAUCGCGACGGCGCCAGCAUCCUCAGCAGCGGCGCUUUACCUUGACGCCCAACCCGACCCUCCUUGCCUCUGCCGGGCUCCCCUCGGCGGCCACCGGGCCCUCGACGCUGUUCUCGCCUUCGCCACGGCGCCUCAGCGCGGACGUGGCCUCGGAGCUCCCCUCGCAAGCCGCCGGCGGCGGCGGGUUCCGCCCCUCCCGGGUGGUGGUGGUGGCCAAGACGACCCGCUACGAGUUCGAGCAGCAGCGGUACCUGUUCGCCGGCCUCUCGGAGGAGGACCUCAAGCAGCUGCUUGCGUUAAAGGGAUCUAAUUACAGUGGGCUACUUGAGCGACAUCAUAUUCAUAUUAAAAAUGUGGAGCACGUUGUCGACAGUUUAAGGAAUGAGAAGAUUGAGGUACGGCUUGUGAAACGCAGAGAAUAUAAUGAAGAAACCAUUCGGUGGGCUGAUGCUAUUAUAGCAGCAGGAGGUGAUGGCACAAUGCUGUUGGCAGCCAGUAAGGUGCUGGACCGAUUAAAACCAGUUAUUGGAGUAAACACAGACCCAGACAGGUCUGAAGGUCACUUGUGCUUGCCAGUGCGCUACACACAUUCAUUUCCAGAUGCCCUACAAAAGCUCUACCGUGGUGAGUUCAGAUGGCAGUGGCGGCAGCGAAUCCGGUUGUACCUUGAAGGGACAGGUGUUAACCCCGUCCCUGUUGACUUGCAUGAACAACAGUUGAGUCAAGAACAGCAUAGCAGAGCCCAUGUUAAUGAGAGAUUUCAAGAUCAAAGGCCUCAGAUUUCUGGACCACAUCUGUUGCCAGUGAGAGCAUUAAAUGAAAUUUUCAUUGGAGAAUCCCUCUCAUCCAGGGUGAACUAUAAGUCCUGCAAACCCAGUUUUAAAUUCUCCCUUCAUAGGGCCUCUUAUUAUGAAAUAUCAGUUGAUGAUGGUCCGUGGGAGAAACAGAAGAGCUCAGGUCUCAACAUAUGCACUGGAACUGGAUCAAAAGCCUGGUCUUUUAAUAUCAACAAGGUAGCAAAUCAGGCUGUGGAAGAAAUCCUUAAGAUUGCUAAAAAGUAUGAGAGCAUAAACCUUCCGUUGAACAAGGAGCUAAUUCAAAAAGUAACAAAUGAAUAUAAUGAAUCACUACUGUAUGAUCCUGAGGAACCCAAGAUGUUUUUCAGUAUACGAGAACCUAUUUCAAAUCGUGUUUUUUCAAGUAGUUGGCAACGGGGAUUUGCUUCAAAGGUAUGUGUCCGUUCUCGUUGCUGGGAUGCCUGUAUGGUUGUAGAUGGAGGAACUUCUUUUGAGUUUAAUGAUGGAGCAGUGGCAUCCAUAUUGGUCAAUACAGAUGACGCGUUGUGCACUGUCUUACUACAAGAGUGAAGAAACGCAUUGGAAGCAUUCAAGCCUCAAGAUGUCUGGAUAACAAAAUGGAAUGCUGCAUUAUUUCAAAUGUGAAACUUGUAUUUGCUCUACAGGCAGCACUGGAGAAUCAAAGAAUGAAACAGUUCUUCAUUUCUUUGGAGGAGAAGUUCUUGUGAAACUGGUAUUCAUUGUUUAUUGCAUCUGAUAACAGAAAACUUUUCUUGGGAGGCUUCUAUUGGUACUUAAAAAAUCUUAAUGUGACAGACACUUUUAAAACUUUAAAGCGGCUCAAACUACUAGUAAUAGUGGUACAAUUCUGUGGUAGUUUGGCAAAAACAGGAAAAUAGCUUGAUUUGUUUUCUGAGAGUUAAUGCUGUCAGAGUCUAUUAAUUCAAAAGUAAACGUUAGGUUAAUGUUGGGGCUUAUCUACCCAACCAGUUGAACUCACCUGUUGGUACCAGUAAUUUUUACAUUUUACAUUUCUAGUAUUUGUAAUAGUACAUAGAAACACCAAUCUAGAAUUCCACUGUAAAAAUUCCUGGGAGCUCAUGGAUCUAGACAUUUUCUUUUUCCCUGCCCCAUUUGCUUGAGCACCGUGCUGCUCGUGUGUACCUGUUACUAUGAAGAGGAACUUCAUUGUGAUCACUUUUGUCUCUUUAAUCAAUUUAUAAGCCCAUUUUUAGAACUAGUCCAAAUUGAUUUCUGUAUAUUUCCCAGAAGCUGUGACAUAGUAAUUUUUAGGCAAAAGUUGCAUACUUAAAUCUGGAGUUUCAUUUUCUUUUGUAAUGACAAGGAGUACCAUUCCUUGUAAAUUUCAGUGGUUAAAAGGAUAUAUUGUAUUGGGCAGAUACAAUGUAAAACUCCUUAUCACUGAGCAUAUAUUUCGUCUCCCUGAACAUCAUGUUUCUUUGGAAUUAUGUCUUAUGAAAUGCAGAUGCCACACAGUCAGAAUUCCUGUCUGCCAUAUCAGUAUGGGUCAGCAACCCAUAGAACUGUGACCAUAGCCAAUGAAUUGCCACACUUAUUUAUUAAAUUUGCUGUAUGGCUGGGAUUUUUUUUUUUGCAAAUGGUGGUUGAUAACGGUGGUCGACACUAGAGAACCUGCAAGGUACGUAUCACAACCCAAUUAAAUCACUGCCAAAUAGAUCCAGUGUUUACAUUUGAAAUAGUAAUGAACCUUCAGUCGGAGUCAAGUAAAUGAGCGUCUGUUAAUUAAACAGUAGAAAAAACACCAGUCUUUAGUCCUUAGCCCCAGAAUGUCAAAAUAGAUAUUUGAAAUGACUGUGCAAGUAUGCUUUUAGGCUAAAGGUAGAUUUAGGUGGGAAGCUGUGUUGACCUGAAGCAGCAGAAAAAAAUAUUUUGAGUCCAGUGGCACCUUUAAGACCAACAAGGCUUUGUUCUUGGCACCGGCUAUCAUCAUCAUCUGCACGUGCAUGAAAGCUUACACCAAGAAUAGAACUUUGCUGGUCCUAAAGGUGCUACUGGACUCAAAGCUUUUUUCUUAAGGUAACCCAUUCUUGGUGGUGGAGAAAUAGCAAAGCUAUUAAAUUGAAACGCUGACAUCUAGUUCUUUAAAUUGUAUCUGUUAAAGCUCCAGCUUAAAACACCAUGUGCUGCAAAGCGGCAGCAUAGUUUGCUGUGUUGAAGUCAGUGGGACUUGCUUCUGAGUAAAGGCGCUUGGCAUCGUGGAGCAGAAAUAUCUCUUGCAGACUAAGAAAGCUGUGAAACAGGCUACUAAGCUUGCAGACUUUGUUUUCAAUAUGAAUUGAUUUGAAUAUUAUUUAAUAGCAAGUGGAUAACUAUGGAGCAAAAGUUUCCUAAAUUCUGAAACAAAAGCACAGCCCGCUGCACUGUGAGUAGAGUUCCUAAAUGUGAAUAAUCCCACUAACUCAGUUUUUCUUUCCUAUCACGCACAUGGGCACAGCCCUCCCAUUCCCAGUGUCCUGGUGAGCUACCUGAAGCAGAGAGGGUAGAGAACCUGAAUUGGGCUCUUGGCAUGCUGAGUGAGCCCUCUGGUUGCAGAGCAGAUGAUAACGUCCUUGAAAUAUGCCAUUUUGGGCUGUGCUAGAACCAUGAAUGGUUGUAAAAAGAAGACAGUGAAUAAACAAUGCCAAUUUAUCUUAUGGAACAAUAAUGAUUUCUCAAGCUCAAGGCAAAUGACUGGUUGGUAGAAGAAAAUGAGAAUUUGCACAGGUACCAGAAUAGAUACAAUUUAUGUAUGAGGUGUUCUUGGACCAGCUAAUAUUAAUGUGAUAGCGUAUACCUACAUUUAGUGGUUGCUUUCUGUGUGGGAGCUAAAUAUACAGAAAGUGAACAGUGUUAAUGUGAAAGCCAUGGACAAAUCUCUAGAAAGCUAACUCAAGGUGUUGAAACACUUAAAGCAUUUUGUGCUAAAUCAAAUUGACAAUGAUUUUUAAAUGUCCACAAAUACAGGUCGUUUAACUUUUUAAUCAGGUAGCUUGAAAUGGUCUCCUUUCAUUCUCAAUUGCUUUAAUGCACAUUAUCUGUUUCCAUUAACUUUUAAUCUGGCCUCCAGAUUCUAUUAAAAAUGAAGACAUUGAUUUGGUUUUACUAAAUGUAUGCUAUACUUGAAAGUAAUAAAGAUAUUAAUGUUUUUGAAAAUA